CCAAUAUAAUUCAGCAAAUCAAAACUUGACACGUUGACACAGUGAGUAUUUUGGGCUGAAAAAGCCCACAAGGUGAGUACUGACUACUAAAAACCAGUAAAAUCCCUAAAACCAGUGGCAGUAAAAUCCCCAAACUCAGAAAUGCCUCGAAAGCCUCGAAGAACCAAAGUCUUCAACUUCAGUAAAUGCCUGACUCCUGGUUUGGUCCCCAUGCCGGAAACGCCUCCGCCGUCUCCGCCGCGUGAAGAAUUGAUAGAAGAAGUUGGAGAGAAUGACCCUAAUGUAACUGAUUCAAUUGUGAGCAAUGAAAUCUUCACCAAGGGAGCACUGGUUGAGGUUAGCAGUGAUGAAGAAGGAUUCCAUGGUUCUUGGUUUGCUGCCACUGUAGUGAAAUCUGUGGGGAGAGACAAGUUCCUUAUUGAGUACAAGUGCUUGAGGACAGAGGAUGAUUUGGCAUUUUUGAGAGAAGAGGUUGAUAACAUGCACAUACGACCUCAUCCACCAGAAAAUGUUGUUGAUCAUUUCAAGCAACUUGACGAGGUUGAUGCUUUGUACAAUGAUGGGUGGUGGGUUGGUGUUAUUUCUAAGGUUCUAAGAGGUUCAAGGUACAUAGUCUACUUCAAGGAAACCUGUGAGGAACUUGAAUAUCAGCACUCUGAGUUAAGGCUUCAUCAGGACUGGAUUGAUGGCAAAUGGGUUAUCCCAUCUCGGGAGUUAAAGUUAUAGUUCUGUGGAAAAUGGAAUAGGGUUCCUCUGAAGUAAUUGGGAGACCUGGUGUUUAUCUUAUUUAGUCGAUCACUUUGCCUGAAAAAAACCCUCUAAUCAAGCAACCGUGAAGCUGUUAAACCAUGGCCGGAUCUGUAAAUUCCAUUUUACCAGCUACUGAAAUGUAGGACGAGUUGUUUCAGCAUUGUCGGUGCAUACUGAGAAUGGGGUUUUUGUUGCCUCCUUGUCUUUAGUUUUGUGACAAGGUGUCAAUAAUUGAUGGAAAUUUCGUUUUGUAAUAUAAGUUUACAAUUGCUAGUUGAAAUCCCUUGAAUUUGCAUUUAAAUGGUUAUCAGAUUUUAGUCUA